GAAACUAUUUGCAACGGUGAUCAGGCGCGUGGCAGGGCAUUGACGAAAACUCGGGCAGCUGCGGUAGAACGAGCUGAAUUCGAGAGACUGGACAAGAGGUAAGGCUGAAGAAAUCAAUCAUAUCGUAGCCAUGAACCUCGCGCUGCAUGGAUUUCUGCUGCAGGUUCUCAUGUCCAUCCUCAACUUCCACCAUGGCCGUCUAUUAUGCAGCGCGGGGGAACCUGGCUAUCUGGACUUCGACAACCUGCCGGAAACGAAUUUCUCGUGUCAAGGAAAAGUGAUUGGUGGAUACUACGCGGACGUCGAAGCGGGUUGUCAAAUGUUUCACGUUUGCACCAUCGGUCAGAAAGAUGAGAUUAUGGACAUAAAGUUCCUCUGUCUGAACGGGACCGUCUUCGACCAGGAGACCAGGGUCUGCGAGAGAGUCGAUGAGGUCGACUGCAGCAAGAGUGAGCGAUUCUACAAUCUGAAUCUGGAGCUUUACGGCAAUAACGCCGUGACGCUUAGCCUGAACGAGGACGAGGACGACUUGUCGGAUCCAAUAGAGAAUCAUCAGACACGAACGACCUCGGCGCGACCCAGCACGACCUCCACGACCAGCACGACCACCUCCAGACCGAGCAAGCCGUCCACCACGGCUGCCAGUGGUUCCUUUCAGCAUCCAGCCGGUUAUCCACAGCAUUAUCAGCCGCAGCCACCGUUCCCCCAGGUGCACACUAGCCAAUCCAAAUCGCUAUACGACGGCAAGAACGGCGGGUAUCAUCAUCAGUACAUUUUCCAUAACGGCGAGCGCACCAACAACCACCAGGCCACGUCAUAUCAGUUGUUCAGCAAUCAGGGUGCUGUGAGCUCGACGACGGUAUCACCCCCCGCGCAGAUUCAUCAGAUCAGAUAUAGCUCAACAGUUGGUCCACCGCAGAUCAUCCACAAUGAACCGUCGACGGUGACGCCGCUGUUCCACGCGACAUCACCAACGAUACAGACGCUACUCAACAACAAUGUCAACAGCCCCGCGGCUCUGAUCAACCCGAUCUUCCACAACCACGGCAUCGCGAGUACCACCGAGCAUUUCACCGUGCACAGCAACAACCCGCGGGAGACAUCUGAUUACCGCGACGACGACGACGACGACCAGGUCGAGCAGGACAUCAGGUCGUCGCUGGAAGCGAUACAGCCGGCAAACAAGGGCAAGGUUUCCAAGCUGACGCUAUCUCCAGUACCGAACCAGCCGGAGUCGUCUCGAGUAACACAGACGGAAACGAGUCAAUCGUUGCAGCAGCAGCAACAGAGAAUACCUAGCAACUUCCUGCCGACGCCGACGAGCAUCGAGACAACUGUCAGGUCAUUUUAUCCAACACCCAGGCCCUCACCGAAGCCGCCACAUCAGUCAUCGGUCGUCCAUCAGAUUACCCAACACAUCCAUGUGUCGCCGGGAGUGACGGUGCCGCAGCUCAAACCCCAUCACAUCACCAUAAACCUGCCGCCGCCGGACAUCCAGCGGAUUGUCCAGAAUCCGCCGCCUCUGCUGCCUUCGCAAUCCCGGGUGAUUGUCACGGCGAAGGCCAGCGUGAGCGACGAGUCCGGCAGACCUCUGAACACUACACAGCUGGUGACGCUCCCGUUGCCGACCAUCCCGGCUAGCUACGACGAUUACAAGGAGGGUGACGAGUCCUUUGAUCCAUUCUACCGCGACGUCCCGAAGAUCCGCAAGAAUCGACAAGCGAGAAGCAUGGCAGUCUCGUCUCGAAGAAGGCGAUCUCUCGAUCAAUCCCAUCGCUUCAUCUAUGGCGUUGGUGAUCACGCAGAUGGGGACCCAAAGACGACAACAGAGAGUCAAUUGCGUCGCGAUAAGGAUACGAAAAGCGAGAUCAAUGUCGAAGAUUUUCAAGCUAUUAAAGAGAGUCUGAUGAAAUUCAGGGAUAUUCUGUUCAGCGACGAGGUUUCUCUGGACGAGGCUUCUUUGCAUGAUGCUGCUGAAGAAGUUAGAAAACACGUUUCAAGGGAUGGUGAAACUUCCGAUGCAGAGCCUGCGGAACAGGCAAAGGACAAUGCAAUAAAAAAAUCGGUUUCUCUAGAGGACCUGAAGACGGAACCGUCAAGACAUUUAGCUCUAGACAGAGAGGAAGAUUUGAAUGAGGACGAGGAUAAAGAAGAGGAGGAAGAGGAGGAAGAGGAUGAAGAAGCAAAUCACGCAGAGUCAUCUUCGCAUAUCGAGAUCUCGUUCGAUGAGAAUUAUAACGAUCAUACGUUGGAAUCGAGAUCAAAAUCAGGACACGAUAUCAAUAGCAAAUCGACGACUGCUCGCUCGGAAAAGAGCGAGUCUCGGGAAGGCAUCAUAGACGUGAUAAUACUCGAUUCCGAUGACUUCAAAAAGAAACCCGUAAACUCAAACGUUGAAAUAUCCAAAAACGAUGCUCCUAUCGAGAUUAUCCUCGAGGAGGAAACGAGAUCUAACUCGCCCGACGUACCGAAGACCAGCGAAAGGGUGAUCAAUAUCGGACAGAUUGCGGGACACGUAAUGAAAAGCGAUUCAAGAAAGCAGUCGAUCACCUCGAAGCUCGACGAAGGGAAGAGAAGGGACGAAAUUCCGCGUGAAACGAUCAACCGAAAAAAUGCCAAGAAUUCAGGAGAACGAAAAUCUGGAUUGAGGAGAAAGAGCGCUCGAACGAGGUCGUCGAGGAGACGUAUAUCCUCGAAAAUAAAACAAAGAACGCGGUAUGUCGAGGUGACGGAGAUUCCGCAGGCAAAGACGGAUGAAAUGACUACUACCCCUAGCACCACGACUACAUAUACUACUACUACUACCAGUGCUACUGCUACUACUAUUUCUACUACCACCAUGCCACCAUCAUCUGUCGCGCCUUUCGAGACAAAAAUUGCGGAGCAAAUUGACAGCCACAUUUUCGGAGAGCCAGAGUCGCAAACUUCCAAGGAAGUAGAUACCAGGGCAGUGGACCAACGCGACGCCACAUACUCGAAGAGUCUGCAGGACAGCAAGGGUCGCGACGCCAGCAAAAAUAAGGAGAUGGAGCGACCGUUCGAUCACCAAAUUACGGAGAGUUACGGGAAAAAUUUGGAGCAACAUGCCAAUAAAUCCGAAGAAGAAGAGGAAGAAGAAGAAAAAGAAGAAAAGAAAACGGAAUCGAUAGAUUAUACGGAAACUGCUAGUUCGCAGGAUACGAACUUCACCGAAGACCCGCGAAGUGCCGAGGAGCCGGGAUCGAUAGAAGUCACCAACAUUUCCGAAGAGAACAAGUCCUCCGAGGAACUCUUCUCUAAGGAGUAUGACACUUCGGACGAUGAAACUAACGCGAACGCAAACAACGAGGAGCCCGAAGAGGUCUUAGAAAAGGCGCCUAACAAGAUUUCCUCUCACGAGGUAACUAAUUCUCGCGAGAAUAACUCAGACUUGGAGGAAGAGUCGUCUCAACACGACAACAACCAAGGCAGGAACGUGCACGUUGAUGAUGAGGAACGAGAAAAGGAACAUUCGACCGCGUCGAACAGCGAAACGACGAAUUUCGAGGAAUUGGACGAGUAUCAGGAUACGACAGACUCGUCUACGGAGAAUACGCAUGAUCGCGCCAGCGCGAUCCAAGAGGAUUACACGGAACCGCUAGGUAAAGAGGAGGAUCCUACAACAACCGUAGAAUACUCGAGUUCUGAGGAGUACACCGACUCUCAGGAGGAAAUCACGGGGGAGACCGAGGGGACUGAGAGCAACACCGAAGGUGUCUUGAAGUUCACGGAUGAAUUACCGCAAUCGAUUGAUAAGCAUGAUGAAGAGACGAAGGAAGUCUCGGAAACUGACAGAAGCAACGCGUACGACUACGUGGACGACAAUUACGAGCCGAUGAAUUACAAAGAAAUAGAAACGACGGUUAAACCGAAAGAAUCUAAGGAAGAGAACACAAAAGAGCACGACGAGACAGAAAAGAAAGAUGAAAGGGAUGAUGCCGCUCGUGGGAAGGACAUUGAAAUGCAUCAGGAGGACAGCGUCGAGGCGGAAACGCACACGGAGCAUAUAAAAGGUAUCACGAAUGUUGCGGAUUUAAAGGAAGUUGGGAGUUUGACGACGACUGUUUUCACCACUGCGUUACCGCCAACGACAUCCUUGAUCACUACAACAACGCCGAGUUCAACGACGUCAACGACGGUAUCAACUACGGAAUCAACGACUUCUUCAACGACUUCUUCAACGAUUUCUUCAACGAUUUCUUCAACGACGCCUUCGACGACGCCAAGUACUACGAUGAUGACGACGACGAAGAGUCCACGGCCAACAACGACUACCACUCGUGCCGCACCGCCGAAACUCUUCAAACCUGUCGGAGUUAGGAAAAUUUACGCUUUCAUCCCGCCUACUACUACUCCGGUUCCGGUGGUGAUUAAACCGCGGCUAGGUCUAUAUAACCCAAAACCGGCGAAGCCGCCAAGGUCCUACAACGAGCUGGCCCCGAAGCCGGUGAUAAGGAAAAUUACUUUGCCAACACGGAAACCUGCAACCACCACCACUACCACCGCUACCACCACUGCAGCCACGGAUGUAACCACCAGCGCAGCAAUUACCGCGACUGCCAUUACUACUACGGAGAAGUUGAGCACGGAGAACCCAGAAACCACGAUGGAACCAAUGACGGCGGCGACAACGACGACGACGACAACAGCGGCAGCAACAACGUCGACGACGACGACGGCGGCAACAACAACGUCGACGACGACGACGGCGGCAACAACAAUACCGUCGACGACGAUGACAACGACGACGACAAGCACAGAGUCUGGCAGAAGCGAGGAGAACAUCUUGGAAAGCAAACUGAAACCAAACGAGCCCGUUCCUCUUCAUCCCCUCGCAAGCGACGAUCGAACGAGCAAGGAUGAUCAAGUUUCGAGCCCAUCCGAGCGGGAUUCCGUCUCUCCCUUGAGCGAUACCGACGAACGACUCUCCACCAGAGGUGCUGAAACCUUCACCCCUUACCCCUUAUCGAGAUUGUCUACUCUCGCACCUCCCGUGAAACAGACAACGCAGAAGGUGGAAGCUAUCGAACCUUACGAGGCGACGGAGGAGGAGGUCGACGACGUCGCAACGACCACUUUGCCGACGACACUACUCCCUGGGAAAACGAGCACGUUGUACGUCGAGAGUACGUCGAGUACCGCGUUGAGUAACACCGAUAAAUAUCCCGAGGAAGUGGAGACUACGCUAGCAUCCACCACGGUCUAUCAGCAGGAGGUGACGGAAGCCCCUCUGGUUUCUUCCGAGCAACCGAUGUUAUUUUCGACGACGUUAGCGACGACGACCGUCCAGCCCAAGACCGUCGUGUCGAUAGAUUCAUCCGCCAACUUCCGCUCGAAAAUCCGAAAGUUCAUGAUCCCCCGGAAGCCUAUGAGCUUCAAUUGUCUGGAGAAGGAGAUGUACCGCUUCUAUGGCGACACCAGGGACUGCCGGUUGUUCCACUACUGCUCGCCCGGCUUCACGUCACGGCAGGUGCUGGAUUUCCGGUUCGUGUGCGAGGAAGGUACGGCGUUCGACGAGGAGACGCAGAGCUGCCGUCACAACGUGCCCAACCGGAAGUGCCGGAACCGCUCCUGGUGAAGAGACCAGCAACUCCUGCUAUACGAGAGGUUCCCUCCGCAUACUCCCCCCUCGCCGUGUUUCCUCGACACUCGUUGAUUUUGGUAAUUCGUGAAUCCUCUAGGACUCCGUCUAGUGUAUUUAUAAUAUAUAUUUUUUUCUCUUAAUGCGCGAUUUGUAAGAAUAGUAACCGAGGAAGAGGAGGGCGUCCUCCCUGCCCUCCUCGUCUCCUAAGCCGAUUGCCAUAGCGCCUCGCGCCGGGCGCUGGAUUCACACUUAUUAAAAUUAAUGCGACCCGAUCGACGAUGGAUCGUCGCGAUCGUCGAUCGGGUCAGGACAGGAAACGAGGAAACAUACGUUGGACGUGCUUCCGGCGUCGUGGCGUCCGCAGAAUCGCUUGGCGCCUAGUGUUAAGUUAGAGAACGAUGAAUCGGUUCCUACGCUGUUCUCGAAGCGCGUUAGCUCGAGGAAUAUUCAGAUUGUACGAGCAAUCGUCCUCGAUCGGUGCGAUCGAGAAAGAGUGAGCCUUUGCCGCUGAAUAUUGCCGAAGAAACUAUGCCACGGUUACUCGUGCUGUCAGUACUUUGCUCGUACGUAACGCGAUAUGCAUUAACAAUUUUGCGAAGCAGAAUGGAUCGAAAAAGGAAUCGUAUUUUAUUCGAUCGGAAGGAAGUCGAAUAUUAUAUUUUUGAUAGGACGUGCGCGUCUCUGUAUUAUCCAAUCUCCGAUCGCAUUAUACAGGGUGUUUCCUCU